AUGGCCUACACGCCUACCGAGGCUACGCCUUUACUAGGGCCUCAAUCGGGACCGUCAUCGAUGAUUCUGAGCGAAACGAAAGUCUACCCUCUAAUUCAUCUCAUACGAGUCGAUAUUAUGGCCCAUAUCGAUGCUCCUUUGACGUAUGAGCAGCUCUUAGCUCCUGAUUCUACCUAUACGAUCAUCAGGCCCCUUACGGAAAAGUAUCUUGCGCUGCAGAACCAAGCGACGGUCUUCUGCCUGCUUCUCAACAAGAUCCAGUUCACUCAAGACUCAAACCAGAUCUCCAUCGCCACACUAUCGCUCACAAGGUCGACGUUAUGUGAGAUACUGGCAAGUCGGGUGCUCCGCGGCUGGUCGGAACGGAGUCUACCACUGGCCACUGUUCUUCUCACACCAUGGUCUUUGUUUCAAGGAGCAUCAGAAGGGGUGAUAGAGAGGGCGAAGGAAGAGGGCGAGGGGGACUUGUUGAAACAAACUGGGGCGGCUCUUGAGAUGGCCAUUAUCAGCGGGUCAAAAAGGUUCAUCAGGAGCCCUUCUUGCCAAAAAGUCAUUGAGGGCAUCUGGGCAGGCAGAAUCAUCUACUCGGCUCUGAAUGCACAUGCUCUCAUUGCUGAUAACUACAAGAAGAAGCCGAUACAAAUGUACAACCCGCAUAAAGCUCCAGUAUUGGAUCAUUAUCGUCUCAAAGUCCCACGGUAUAGGUCCAUGCUGGAGUAUUUCAACUUCCUGGUACUGUUCAUCUUGUAUGUGGUUGCUAUCGAAGGGCUGGAAGGGGACAAGAUCAUCGGGAGGGAGUGGGCUUUUAUCGUCUAUGCCAUGGCAUUCUCGCUUGACAAGCUGGCUGCUAUUCGGGAACAUGGCCUGAAAGUCUUUAGCAGCAGUCUUGUCAACGGAUUCGACCUCGUCUUCAUGAUGAUCUAUGGAGCCUACAUGAGUACCAGGAUGUAUGGACUGAGAUAUAACGACAUAUAUUUCAUGGAGAUGGGUGCGGAUUGGCUCGCAAUCGGUGCUGUACUGAUAUUCCCUCGGUUGGCAUUCGUGACGUUGGCCAAUAAUCUCAUGGUCCUGAGCAUUCGGUCGAUGUUGACGGAGUUCUUUUUUCUCAUGGGAGUCGGCGUCUUUUGCUUUGCUGGAUUUGUUUAUGCCCUGUUUACUCUCGGACAAGGAAAGUUUGAUCUUCCACAGAUUGGAUGGUGGCUGUUGGAGAUCUACUUUGGAUUGGACGCCUCCGGAUUUGAGCAUGCCCACUACUUCCACCCCUUCCUCGGACCUCUACUCAUGGUUUCAUAUGCUCUGCUCUCGAACACGUUGCUGUUGACGGUGCUGGUCGCUAUCCUUGGUAAUACUUUCGCCACGAUCAACGCGGAUGCUGCUGCUGAGUCGAUGUUCCGGAAAGCCGUUUCAACGAUUGAAGGGGUCAAGGCAGAUGCUGUGUUCAGCUAUCAACUACCCUUCAAUCUGCCUGCCGUGGUCUUCAUGUUCCCCAUGAGAUACCUACUGAACGACAGAUGGUUCCACAAGGUCAAUGUAUUCAUGAUCAGGGUUUCCAGUGUACACAUUCUGCUCCUGAUAGCCCUCUAUGAGAGGCAGUCCUACAAGGACCAAACGUUGAUGGAGCAGCUGGGUGACUUUGCUGAGCGAUACGUGGGCAGCCUGCCAAGAAGACUUAAGGCGGCUGCGGGCUUUGACAACUUUGCAUCUCGGAGCGACCUCGAGGCAGUAUUCGAGAUAGAGCGGGAAGUCGGCAGCUUCUAUGCCGGAUGGGACGACGACCUCGACCUCGAUGAGCCGGAUAUCUUCCUUCCUCCGGCGUUUGAAGAUGCUUUCGCGGAUGAAUCACCCGAACGUGAAGGGGCCGAGAACGAAGAUGGCCUUGGCGAAGGGCAGGAUUUGUUUGCACCUCAAUCGGCACCCCUGACGGCUUCGCCUUCGCGACUCGAACAUCAGAUUGAGAGUCCCCGCCCCCGCAGGAACUCUAUGCCUUCUCCCCAUCGAGCGGUCAACCAGGCGAUCCCUCAGCAGUCUUCCCUUCGACGAAGAAACAGCUCUAUGCAUGGCCCGAGUCCCCUCGCUCAGCUAUUCGUGCGGAGUCCCGAGUCGGAAGGCCUUCCAGGAAGGCGCACUUCGUUAGCCGGCACGGUAGCCACAAGCGUACAGCCUGCGGCUCCCAGUGUCUUCACGCCGCCUGCGAGAAAGAGAGGGCACUCUCGAUCAGAGUCGUUUCCUGCGACAUCCACCAGCGAUCAGAGCCAGUACAGCACCAGCUCUCUUCCUCGACGAGGUUACGCGAGGCCUUCAGUCGCACCCAUCACCGAAGGCAAGACCGUCUCUUUUGCGAGCCAUCUGAAAGACUCGGAGGGCGAUGGCGUUGUUGAGCCGGGCGCUAUCACGCACGAUCAAUCCGAGAAUGUGGGAGCAGUAGGCCCAGGGGGGGUGCCUCUCGGCAACAAGACGUCUGGGACGCAAACACAGCCUCUUAGUGGGCGUAGUGUCCGAUUUCCUACUGUCGGUGGCCAUCAAGACCUUCAGUCACCUUUCGGGACUACGGCUUUCGACACAAGAUCUCAGUCUCCUCGCCCUUCCGAAAAAGUUGCGAAAGCUUCGGAUGUGGAGUCUCUAGCCAUGGUGAAACCCGAAGAGGAAGCAAGAAGUAAAGGCGUGCAAGAGAAGCUGGACGACAUGGACAAGCGUCAAAAGCGCAUGGAGGAGAUGAUGGAAAGGUUACUGAGCAAGCUUGAUGGUUGA